CCAAGGGACGAGCUGAUAUAGCCAUUGCUCUGUUUAACCCACAAAUUGCUUGUGCCCAAGGGUUAGUGUUGGAACCGUUCUCCCCCGGCUCUGCAGCUACAGCUCUCUAUACGUGUAACAGGCUCUGCAACCGUCUCCCUUUUCAUGGGAACGAAUGCAAAGAGCAUUGUGACGGGGGAAUGAUCGACACUCGGUUCUGCUCACCUUCAGCUUUUUAGAAGGAACCCGGGAUCGGACGAAUCUCCAGCUGUUCCUUCAGGGGAAAGGAAGGGGAAUAGCCAAGAUGGGGAGGGAAAUAAUUUUAUUCAAAGAUCGAGCCUGAUUUUUUUUAAAAAAAGAUCAAAUGUGCUGGUUUGGGGGGGUUUCCUGCGGCGGCGUUCGCGCUCAGCUGCCGGAGGCAGGUGGGGUGUGUGGCACCGGGGACUGGCCCAGGCUGGGUAUUGGUGGUUUAAUCCUGGCGGUGUCAGAUCAGUCCCCAGUGCAAUUGGCAUUGGGGAUACUGGGGCCCAGGCUGGGACAGCGGGUCUGGUGGUGUCGUUUGCGGCCCCGCGCUCGGGGGUGGAGAAUCCAGGCUCUUUCGAUGCUGCUUUCACCCUUGUCUCCUGUCUUGUGUCCCCUGUGCCUCCUCUCCAGCGAUGCUCCACAACCCCGCAGCAGCUGCGGCCGCCAUGGAGGAGCAGCUGCGGCAGCAGCAGCUCCGGGUCCUCCUCAACGCCUCCUCCAGGCCCUUCCCCAGCAGCAGCCGCAGCAGCAUCUGGCCGUCCAACUCCUCUGCCUCGGAGCCGGUCACGGCGGCGGCGGCGGGAGGCGGCGAGGCGGCGGCAGGCGGAGGCGGAGCGGUCAGCCCCUGGGACAUCGCCCUGUGCGCCACGGGCACGGCGGUGGCCUGCGAGAACGCGCUGGUGCUGGCCGUGCUCUUCUACACGCCCAGCCUGCGCGCCCCCAUGUUCCUGCUCAUCGGCAGCCUGGCGCUGGCCGACCUGCUGGCCGGCUUGGGGCUCGUCGUCAACUUCACCGUGCAGUACCUGCUGCAGCCGCCCAACGCGGCCGUGGCGCUCAGCGCGGCCGGGCUGCUGCUGACCGCCUUCUCCGCCUCGGUCUGCAGCCUGCUGGCCAUCACCAUCGACCGCUACCUGUCGCUGUACAACGCGCUCACCUACCACACGGAGCGCACGCUGAGCUUCACCUGCGCCCUGCUGCUGCUCAUGUGGCUGCUGUGCCUCGGCGUGGGGCUGCUGCCGCUGCUGGGCUGGAACUGCCUGCGGGACCAGGCCGCCUGCAGCGUGCUGCGGCCGGUGACCAAGGACAACGCGGCGGUGCUGGCGGUCACGUUCCUGCUGCUCUUCGCCCUCAUGCUGCAGCUCUACCUGCAGAUCUGCAGGAUCGCCUUCCGGCACGCCCAGCAGAUCGCCGUGCAGCACCAGUUCAUCGCCACGGCGCAGGCCACCUCCACCCGCAAGGGGCUCUCCACCCUCUCCUUCAUCCUGGGCACCUUCGCCCUCUGCUGGAUCCCCUUCGCCAUCUACUCGCUGGUGGCGGAUUCCAGCUACCCCGCCGUCUACACCUACUCCCUGGCCCUGCCCGCCACUUGUAACUCACUCAUCAACCCGGUCAUUUAUGCCUUCAGGAACCCGGACAUCCAGAAGUCCCUGUGGCUGGCCUGCUGCGGGUGCAUCCCUUCCACCUUCUCCUCCAGACCCAGGACAUCCAGUGAUGUAUAAGGGGGGGUUGGCCGCCCGGAUUGUCAAA